CACGCCCGGUCGAUACAUCUGACGCACCCUCGACUUGAUUGCGCCGUGUUUGACGGAGGGUGCAGGAGGCAUCCGAGAGAGAGACGAUCUGUGACAUCAAUCAACAUAACUUAUUUUGAGGAUCCGCGGAUGGGUCAGACACGCAGCCACAGCAGGAAGACGCUGAUAGUCAGGAGUGCCACAAAAAUUCCCGGAAAGACGUCAACUUGUUUGGUUCAUACAGCUGGAUGGUGAGCGGCUGGCCGUGUGCCAGGGGCCUAUCCGUCGGUCUUAGCAAACCUCCUGCGACGAACCUCCUGUCCGGGGCGAGCUUCGGCUGCCGACGAUCAGUCUUGGCCGCCCGGGGGGUGCCCCUGCAGUGCUAGUCCGGUUCUGUCCAGUCUGCGUGCACGCAUAGGAUGGUCUGGUGAUGAGGCUGAACAGGUCCCCCAACCCCAAACCCACAUUUCCUGACGCAGGCUGGUGACUGGCCCGACUGGAUAUACGGCCUGGGCAGUCAGGAUGGCACACUCCCAUGCUCGAGACAUUGAGAGAAGGGACGAAAACAAGAUAAGCUAUGCUGAUCGUGCUAUUAUUGCCCUGCCCUGCCCGGGAUGCCAUGCCUGGACACCGGGUUGAGGUUUGGCGAUCGAUGAGAUCCUCAGACAACUGCCGUCACGCCUGGCUGGGGGGAUGGACAGCACUUGAGAAGACAGCACAGACAUUCAUCCGGAGGGGUACGGCCGAGACGAGACGGGACGGUGAUGGCCCACGAUGCAGCGUCCAUCACUUGCGUGCACCCUCGAGCGAGCGUGCGUUCGAGGUCUACCAUCAUAAAUACCUUCCCUUCUUCGCCAUCGAGCUGUGCUAAACCGUUCUCGUAGUUGGCAUCCAGUUUCCCGUGAAUCUUACAAUUUCACCUUCCACUAUCCUAUCCUCCAACCACGGUCUGGCUACCGACUCAUCUACUCAUUCUUCUCUCCUUCACUUACACACCACAAUCACUGCAAGCAGUCUCCCACUCCACCCGCCAACAUGCGUUUCUCACAUGCCAUCGUCGCCCUCAUCGGCGCAGCCCACGCCAUGCCCACGGUACCGAACCUCGUGAGCGCCCCCAGCGUCGCCCGCGCCGUGGCAGCCGACCCGGCCGCCCUCGACGCGCGCGACAGCUUGUUCCGGGCCGCGCCCCGCCAGGCCAACGGCACAGCCGCGGCGCCCGCAGGCGGCGAAGAAGAAGACGAUGAUGACGAAGAAACAGCAGCCCCCGCCGCGGCGGGCGCUACCACCGCCGGUGGGGCCGCCGCUGCGCCCGCGGCCGGAGCCGAAGAAGAUGAUGACGACGAGGCCCCGGCGGCGGCGGCUCCAGCUGCUGGUGCUGGUGCUUCCGCAGGCGAGGCACCCGCGGCGGGGAUGAUGCCCGCCGGCGAGGCACCCGCGGCUCCCGCAGCCGGGGCCGGGGCCGAGGAAGACGAUGACGACGAGGCCCCGGCGGCCGCGGCCCCAGCAGCUGGAAUGAUGCCGGCGGGCGAGGCCCCCGCGGCUGGGAUGAUGCCCGCCGGCGAAGCCCCCGCUGCCCCGGCGGCCGGAGCCGAAGAGGAUGAUGAUGACGACGAGGCUCCCGCAGCCGCGGCCCCCGCGGCUGGGAUGAUGCCCGCAGGCGAGGCCCCUGCUGCUCCCGCGGCCGAGGGCAAUGACAAGCGGUCCAAGAACCUCUUCAAGUUCGGCGUCAAGACGCGCGAUGGAAAGGCGGCCCAUGCUGUUGCGGAUCUUGCUGCCAUGUAGGGUUCGCACGAAGGGCCGGCGGGCUACGAGCGCUGCCGUCAACUGGUUGCACGGCUGAGGCCCGCAGCGUAGGUGGUCUGGCUGCGAACGAUGCUGGUGCUGAGCCUCUCACAGGCUUUGGGACAUGGAGUACAUAAAGGAUGUUCUACGGGGCCUUUAAGUUUCAGCUACAAGGCGGACUUUGGUAUGUAGAUACAGUUUGCCGUCUACUAUUAUUGAGUGCCAGUGUGAUCAUGAUGGGGAUUUUCAGAUUGAUAGCGAGGCAGGUCUCAACAGCCACCACUUGAGAGGAGACACAGUGGUGGGUGGCUAUGGGAUCUUCACGCAUGCGAGCCGCUCUAAAGACUGGUGGCCUAUGAUAAAUGACUACGUAUUUCCUACAGUUGUUUAAUAAAUAUGUUGAAGAGA